CUGUGAACAAAUGGAGUUAGCUGUUCAGACCCUUUCCUUCAGUUCCCUAAUAAGCCCUAAGACAACAUGUCAAAAGAAAAUAAUGGACAUUGGCAUUUCAAGGUGUUUUCCCCGACAAGCCUCUUGCUCUCUUGGAAUGACUAAUAUUGUCCCAAAAUAUUUUUCAAGGACAAGUUGCAGAUUUUUUGCCUCUGCUUCUGCUGUAUCAGCAGAAAAUGUUUCCGCUGCUCCUUUUGAAGACUUCUCUGUUACAACCACCACUACCUCUAAGGCUACAGAGCUAAAGAUAAAAGUAGAUGUAUAUGGAGCCAAAACACAAGCUAUAUUUGAUGAUGUUUUCUCCGAGAUGGUUUCUGCAGCACAGCCUAUUCCUGGCUUCCAAAGAGUAAAAGGAGGAAAAACUCCCAAUAAAGGUUUGAAAGUCACAAGUGAUUUGAGAGUUAAUCAGAGCUUCGAAGAGCUUGAAUCUACAUUUGAACCUGGUGAAGCGUUCAGCUUUGACGCUGUAAUUCAGCUUCAAGGGAAGUAAUUAUUGACAGGGAUGAAACAACCUAAUGCAGUGAAUCCUCGAUGCUUAUAGUCCUGAAUUCAUUAUGUUGGUUGAUCUCAUAAUUUGGGUCACAGUAUUUGAGGUUUUUGAACUUGGAAGGUUUGCGACU